AUAAACUUAAUAACUUAUUAAAUGAAUUUCAAGAAAAUAUUUUAUAUGAUCAUCCAUCCAUACCAUGCGCAUACUGUUCAAUAUUAAUAAUGAACCAAACAACAAAUUGGAUUGAUUACGAUACAACUGAAGAAUAUACAUUACCUAUAGCCUUUCCAAAUAUUAAAAUAACUCGUCGAUAUCCACCAAUCCUGUCUUCAAUACCAGAAGAAAUAAAUAUUCCUAUAAUAUAUCGAAAAAACUUAUCACCAAUACAUAUGAAUUGUACAUUAGGUCGAACUUUAAGAUUUAAUCCAUAUACAAACUAUCGACACUUAAAAAGAUUCAUUAACCUUUCCAAAAAUAAAUAUGCACUUCAACUACAUUCAGGUCUAAUUGGAGCCUUUCUAAAUCAAGAACAAGAAGAUUCUCCUAACUGGUUCCAUCCAACAUUAAUACCCGCAAGUCAGUGGCUAAAAGAAAAUAAUCCUAUAUUUAAAGAAUAUAAUCAUUUAUCAUCUUUUGAAUCACCAAAACAAAAUAUAACAAAUCAACCAUAUCCAAUAGCUAGAUUAACUAAUAUAUAUUCUUGGUCAACACAAAACUAA